AUGCUGGCGACUCAAAUGGUCGUGCUGGCCACGAUUGCCAUCGUGGAUGGCACGCGGGUGUCCAUUCAGGAGAACCUGGCCGCGGAGCGGCUUGCCAAGACGAAGGACACAGUUGGAAAUGGUUCAAGUCCGACGAACUCUGGACCAUCACCUCAAGACAUUUCUCUGGAAUUGGCCGCCAAGACUGGCGACGUGGCGGCCCUCGCGCAGCACGGUCAGGCUGGGUCCGAUCUGGAUGAGAAAUUGGACUCUCUUGGAUGGACAGCGGCGCACUAUGCCGCGCGUUACGGCCAUGUGGCGGCGCUGAAGGUCCUCCACGAGGCACCCGGCGCCUGUUCUGAGCUGCUCUUCCAGAACGGUUCCAGAACACCGGCCUACCUGGCAGCCAAAGAGCAGGCAAAGGCGCUGGAGGCUUUGGCCGAGGCCAGGGCUGCUUUGCGGAGACUUCCCCAAAAGCAGACGGACUUAGGCAAGAGCAGAUCUUCAGACGCCGGGCGACGAUGGACGGACCCCGCCGCGCACGCGGCCGCGAAAAACUGCAAGGUGGACGCGCUACGAGUCCUCAUUCAGGCCGGUGUCAACAUCAAUGACACGGACUUCGAAGGACAAACGCCAUUCGACGACGCUGCCAGCGGGGACGGUGCGGACUGUUACGAGGCUCUGCAGCUUCUCGUGCAGGAAUCACUGAAACUCGGUGGCUUAGUGGGUACGUUUUCCCUGUUCGUGGUCCUAGGUUACUAA